CUGUGUGUAACGGGAAAAUACGGACAUUAGCAUAUCUUAAUUCCAAGCGCAUGAGUGACUGAGAUUAAAUUUUUAUUCAUCAUGGCUGGAAAACAACAAAUUGAUAUCGGUCAACUACCGAUUCAACAAUUGAAUGCUCUUACUCAGCAGUUUCAAGAGGAGAUAGAGUUUUUCACCAACUCGUUGAAUCAGUUGAAGUUGGCACAGAGCAAAUAUGUAGAGUCUCAAGAAAGUUUAAACAAAGUCUGCCCAGAGAGCAAGGAUAAAGAAAUACUAGUACCACUCACCAGUUCUAUGUAUGUACCUGGACAGUUAAGUGAUGUAGACAAUGUGUUGGUAGAUAUUGGGACAGGAUACUAUGUGGACAUGGGUGUGAAUGCGGCAAAAGAGUACUUCAAAAGAAGAAUAGACUUUCUGACAAAACAAAUUGAAAAAAUCCAACCUGUCCUUCAAGAAAAAUAUAAGAUGAAGCAAGUGACAACAGAGAUCUUACAGAUGAAGAUUGCCGCACAGUUACAAGCUCAGCAGUCGGCAAAAACAUAAUAUGAACAAACUUAUUUUUCACUCUUUCAUGCAAUUUGCUGUGAACUUUGAACUAUUUAAAAUACAUUUAUACAUAGCAAAUUA